AGGAUGGAGGGAGAAGGCAGUAAUCCGGGUGUAGCCAUGGAUUCAGGUAACCCGUUGCUCAAGGCGGUCUUCCUCCGUCGCCUACGACUCACCCGUCUGCUCCUUGAAGGAGGCGCCUACGUCAACGAGAGCGACGGCCAAGGCCAGACGCCCCUGAUGGUGGCCUGCAGGACCCAGCACACCGACGCCCAGAGCGCCAGCCGGGUCAAGCUGGUCCAGUUUCUCCUGGAGAAAGGGGCGGACCCGAACAUCCAGGACAAGGAGGGUCGCUCGGCGCUCAUGCACGCCUGCCGGGAGCACGCCGGCCCUGAGGUGGCGUCUCUGCUGCUGGCUAGUGGGGCUGACAUCGGCCUGGAGGAUCAGUCCGGGACGUCGGCUCUGGUCUACGCGGUCAUGGCCGGAGACUGGAAGGUCCUGAAGCUGUUGAUGGACACGUGCAAGGCCAAGGGGAAGGAGGUGAUCAUCAUAGCCACCGACAAAUUCCCGUGUGGGAAACUGCAAGCUAAGCAGUAUCUUAGCAUUCCGCCUCUUAGUCCUCUGGAUCGGACGGACAAAACGGCGUCAGGAGCUCCGGCAUCUCCUUCUGAAAUCCAGCUCAUCACCUCCCCCAAGUGCACCUCCUCCUUAUGUCCCCCAAAGACUGUCUUCUCCUUCAAAGAAGCCCAGUCUGGCGGAGUAAGCUCCCAUCCAUGUUCCCCGUCACGGUUUCAAAGGCUCGGUAAAUCGGCGCCCAACGGCCUGCAGCAGCCGCUCCUGAGGUUGAACUCCGAGCCCUGGCUGAAGAUCCCAGCGUCUCUGCUCAAUGCAUCGUUUUCAGGAAACGGCAAAGACCUCAACGAAAUCGAGGACCUCUUGCUCAGAAUUCCCAAACUGGACGGCACAAAUCCAACGAGCGACGGCUUCAAGUGGUAUGAAGGACGAUCGGCGAAGGACAAAGAAGUAGAAGUACAGAAUGAAAGUGCCAAACACUCGAGUCAAAAGAUUUCUCUACCAGGUCUCCUGUCGUCCCACUCCGCCUCCCACCCAAACCUCCACUCUGCAAACCUCGGAGCAGAUUCGCCCGCCUCCUCCGGUGGCAAAAACCUCGGCGCUCCGCUCCACGGCAUGGCCUCGUCCAGCCUUCACAGCAUAAUCCAGAGGCGCAAGCUCGGCGACAUCUACAGCUCCGACCCUCAGCUCGCUAGAGACGUCCACAGUCUGCCCGAGGAGUCCCAGCAGAGAGCGAGAGACCCGAUGGAGGGCAAGAGGCUGGUUCCUUUACGAUGCUCCAGCACUCUGGGCUCCAGGGAGUCGCUGUCGACGUCGGGCCCCAGCAGGAGGGUGCUGUCCGGGUACGAGCGCAGAGGAUCCGGAGCCUACUUGUUGGACCACAACUCCCAGGCCAGGCCUCGAUCUCUACCACCUCUCACCCUCAACUCCGCCAACAACCCCAUCCCUAAUGUGUACAACCUCAGCUCAAGUGCUGGAGGUGGUUUCCUCCCGUCGGCUCCUCCUGGGCAACCCAAAGAGAUGACCAGGAGGAUGCUGCUGAGGAGACACUCCAUGCAGACCGAACAGUUCAAAACCACGGCGUGAAAAAAAAUUCUAACCGAGUUCAGUGUGUUUUAAACGUGAAAAUGUUUUGUCGUGUGAAGUAUCAGUCAGUGUGGGGAAAUUCAAAAAAUGGGAAAACCAAAGAGGAUGGAUAAGAAAAACAAAGCAUCCUAAUCGAUGUAGGGACCUUCCUCCGCUUCAGCGUGCCGUGGGUCGUCAUGUGGCAUCAGUGUGCAGAUUUGUAACACUUCCUUUAACUGCCAUUACGUCUUUGGCCACUAGGGGGUACCAGAGCAAGCUGAAAACACAUCUGACAAACGUAACCUUAUAAAGUUCCUAAGGGUGUCGUUUUAGAAAACAGUUUAAACAUCCAACAACAUAAGCAUUCAUAUAAUGUUGUUUCUAGCCACUUAAAUCUAACAUUUCUACUUCUUUUAACUUAAAAAAUUCCUGACAUUGGCGCCCCCCUAGUGGUACCUUCAAAGGUCACAGUGGACAGCAAAAAGCACUGCUUCCACAAGAAAACAACGGUUUUGCAGACGAAGCGUUCUAGCAACAUGUGACAUUGUUAUCGGCCCCAUAGUGUGUAAGAACAGCAAGAAAUAUGUUCAAUAAAUGAAUUUAUUACAAUAAAAAGCUUUCACAACUCAUUGUAAAAGUACAAAGCAUUAUUAAACAUGCACGCAAAAAGUGUCUACCAUCCAUAAAGAAACAAACAAAUGUUAAAAACAUCAAAAACAUUAAAAAAAGUUAAAAACUGUUUCCCACAUAUUUACAAGUUUAUAUCGCUGAGAAAUAAUUAAAAACGAGCAUCUCAUGUUGAGUCAUUUUAACAAGAGCUUUUAAAAACAAACGGGGAUUAUGUCUUAAUUUGUAUUCACUCCACUAAGAGACUAUUUCGAGAAAUAAAUACAUAUUACAGUAUCUAUGGCGGGUGAUACUCAUAA